AAGCAUUGGGGUUUAUUAGCUAUAAAGGGAAGGGUAAUAGCUGUCCUGUGUACAGUACUAUAAAACCCCUCCUGGCCAGAGACUCCAAAAUCCUUUUCCCUGUAAAGGGUUAAGAAGCUCAGGUAACCUGGCUGGCAUCUGACCUAAAGGACCAAUAAGGGGACAAGAUACUUUCAAAUCUUGGGGGGGGGGAAGGCUGUUGUUUGUGUUCUUUGUUUUGGGAGUGUGUUGUUCUCGGGACUGAGAGGGACCAGACAUCAAUCCAGGUUCUCCACAUCUUUCUAAACAAGUCUCUCCUAUUUCAAACUUGUAAGUAAAUAGCCAGGCAAGGCGUGUUAGUUUUCCUUUGUUUUCUCAACUUGUAAAUGUACCUUUUACUAGAGUGUUUAUCUUUGUUUGCUGUACUUUGAACCUGAGACUAGAGGGGAGUCCUCUGAGCUCUUUAAGUUUGAUUACCCUGUAAGGUUAAUUUCCAUACUGAUUUUACAGAGAUGAUUUUUACCUUUUUCUUUAAUUAAAAGUCUUCUUUUUAAGAACCUGAUUGAUUUUUCCUUGUUUUAAGAUCCAAGGGGUUUGGAUCUUGAUUCACCAGGAGUUGGUGAGAGGAAGGAGGGGGAUGGUUAAUUUCUCCUUGUUUUAGAUCCAAGGGGUUUGAAUCUGUAUUCACCAGGGAAUUGGUGAAAGGUUUUUCAAGGUUUCCCAGGAAUGGAAUCCAUUGAAAUGGUGGCAGCCGAACCAGAGCUAAGCUGGUAGUUAAGCUUAGAAGUUUUCAUGCAGGCCCCUACAUUUGUACCCUAAAGUUCAAAGUGGGGAUCCAGCCUUGACAAUUAGCUAAGGGGGGAGGGAUAGCUCAGUGGUUUGAGCAUUGGCCUGCUAAACCCAGGGUUGUGAGUUUAAUCCUUGAGGGGGCCACUUGGGGAUCUGGGGCAAAAUCAGUACUUAGUCCUGCUAGUGAAGGCAGGGGGCUGGACUCAAUGACCUUUCAAGGUCCCUUCCUGUUCUAUGAGAUGGGAUAUUAUUAUUAUAGCUGUCUGCAGCACAGAGUAGACUGUCCUUGAUUAGCACAGAGCUACAAGAGGUGGCUAGGCUGAGGAGCAUCCAUGCCCACAAGGAAUUCCUCGAGAGUAUUCAGAUGAAGACCUCCAAGGCUGUGGAAGCUCUCCAGCUAGAGGACUGCUGUCACACCACCGAGGGAGAAGGAUGUGGCUCUGUCACAGGGAGGACACUGGCAGCUGGUUACUUCUGUUCGGCAGGGCAGGGCUAGGAGCCCCUGGGAGCAGAGAACCAGAGAUGCCCAAGAUCCCACGGGAAGAGUGUAGUACAGCUGGGCACUGAACCCUGGUCUCACAAGGCCUUGUGCACUAACCACUGGACCAUGCUGCCUUUCUGUCUUAGUAGCCCAGGAGCUUUGGAAAAUUCCACCAAGUGCAUCUUCAGUGCUUGGUACCUUUACAAAUCUGACCCUCCUUUGCUGCUAGGAGGUUCUGGUCCCUGGACCGCAGUGGGAGCUGGGCGAUUGUUCUUGCUUUAAUCUGAGCUCAGCUGCUGAAAUCUUUCUUUUUGGUCACUUUUCGGGUUUGCUGAUACGUGGCCUGGCUUUUGAGCUGUUCUCCCCAAAGCUCAGGGUGACGGCACCGUUGCUGGUGCGUGGCUAACCCCACGGGCGCAGGGAUGUGCACCCGGAGCCACAAUGUGAACCCCUGCCUCAUGCUGGUGAGUGUUUCCUCGUAUCAGGAUCACCCUCUGGCCCUAGCAGGACGCUGGGGCUACAUGCUUGUGCCCUCUAAGGCUAGGAAUGCCAGAAUGAAGGCUGCAUGCACACCCUUAACUCUGCCCCCUGUGUGUGCCUGCUUCAUUUCAGUGCAGGGAUUCCCCAGGGCCUGUGUCUCUGGGGACACAAUGCACUGGGAGAGCCCAGCUGAGACGCCUUCUCUGCCUCCGGAGCAGGUUUGUUUACACACGGCAUCUAUAGCAACAAACUGUGCUGGCUGCCUACUGCUUUCCUGCUCCCUGGAGGGUUGCUCCCAUCCAGUCCUCACUGGCAAGCUCCUUCCAGAUGGGGGCUGCGCCUUCACCAUGAAUUUGGGGGCAGCUGAGGCCUGGGGGGAGACUCCCCCACGGGUGCAGAUCAUCCAACAGCCGAUUCCCCAGCAGCCGAUGACAAUAUUUCAGCAGAUCCCUGGGAUCCUGUCUCCUUUCACUCAGCCCGUAAGGCCAGGACAUGUCCGAGAAGAUCUGAUAGAGUUCAUGAUGAUACAAAACGCCCAGAUGCAUCAGGUGAUCAUGAACAACAUGACGAUGGCUGCACUGACAUCCUUUGGAUUCAGCCCAGCUCCUGCUGCUGCCCAGGUGAACCUGGUCCCCCUCCACACUGAAGAUGAAGAAGCAGAUGUGGUAUUCCACCACCACUAUGCACCAUACCCCACUGCCACUCCCGGCCCCCCAUGGCAGCCCCUGGCGCAGCCUCCAGCAUGGGCACAGGAGCCCCCUAGCAUACGGCACGUCAGCCAGGACCCGCACCCAGCCCCAGCAGGCCGGACUCAGGAUGACAAAGUGGUCCCUCCGCCCCCACCGCCCAGCGCCACGGGGACAGUGGGAGCUGACGUCCCGCCGGCCGUGGAGUAUUACGACUACACCCAGGGCAAGCUGUGAGCCUGGCUCUGUGCCUCCUGGGAGCUCUCCUCUUCGCCUGCACCCCCGUCC